AGGUGAAGAAAACUCUUUUCAGUAAAUAUUUGUAUUGCAGCUUCAAUGGAUUAAUCGGACGUUCAUUUCAUUCACCUUUGUGUUAAUUAAGUUACCCCUCGUUACUAGCUUUUUCGUUGUAUAAAUCCAUUCGUUUAUUCACUAUGACCACUGAACCAAAAACAGCCCUCACAGCCUCCCCAGAGACGCCAUUACCGCCAAUCGGUGCAAUAGACGACGACGUCGCACAAAUCCCCACCUGGCGAAAAUGGGUGAUUCUCUUCGUGGUAUGCUGGAUGCCGCUCCCCAUGACAUUCUGGAGCACCGCCAUAAUGCCCGCCACCAUCGAAGUAGCUUCUGAUCUCAACAUACCCGUAACUACCAUCACCACCAUCAAUGCUGGUGUCUUUGUAGCACAGGCGUUGUCGGGGUUGAUUUGGUUGCCGGUUAGUACGAUUAUUGGACGCAAGUCUGCGUAUCUUGCUGCGAAUGCUGUUCUGUGUGUUUGUGCGAUUGGGUGCGCGACUGUGCCCAAUUUAGCUGGGUUUGCGACGCUUUGGAUUCUGGGAGGGAAUACGGGGCCGUUCUUUUUGGUUGCUGGGCAGACUAUUCUGGCGGAUAUCUUUGAUCCUACGUCUCGUGGGACUGCUGUUGGGUUCUUUCUGGGGAGUUGCGUGUCGUUCAAUUCAAUCGCACCUCUUCUCGGUAGUAUCAUCGCAACAUUCACCAGCUGGCGAGUCAUCUAUGGCGUUGAAGCCGGCAUGUGUCUCUUUGGACUCAUUCUUUCUCUUCUGUUCAUCCCGAAAGCCAGUGAAGUUGAAAAUCCCAAGUUGGCUGAGACGACACGUCCUCGAACCGCCAAGGAGAUUCUUCGGACGUUCAACCCGAUGCACGUAUUCUGCCAAUUUAAAUAUCCCAAGGUUAUCCUAGCCAACAUCGCCUGCGGUCUCCUCGGCUUCAACCAAUACGGUCUCCUCUCCUCCAUCCGGCGCGUCAUAAACCCUCGCUUCAAUCUCACAUCCCCUCUCGCAAGCGGUCUUUUCUAUCUCGCGCCGGGCGCUGGAUUUCUUGUCGGAAGUACCGUUGGCGGUAAAAUCUCCGACGUAGUCGUCAAGAGAUAUAUGCGAAAGCGAAACGGACAGAGAAUUCCUGAAGAUCGCUUGAACAGCAGUCUAGCUAGUGUUCUUAUCAUUCUUCCUCUUGGAACAUUGCUCUAUGGGUGGAGUGUCUAUCAUAGACUUGGUGGUAUGGCGUUGCCGAUUGUGAGUGCGUUUAUCCAAGGGUUUGGACUCAUGGCGUCGUUUAGUGGGCUGAAUACAUACGCUGCUGAGGUUCGACCUGCGCAUAGAACGGCAGUUAUCACAGGGAAAUAUGUUAUUCAGUACAGUUUCGGCGCAAUGAGCGUUGGAGGCGUCGUCCCCAUGAUUGACGGCAUCGGCGUAGGCUGGGGCUUCACCGUUAUUACCUGUUUCUCAAUGCUCGCUGGUGGCUUAGUUCUCCUUAUUGCUCGAUUUAGCAAGAAUUGGAAGGCGUAGAUCAAGACAUGGCUUACAUAAAAUCACGGAUAGACAUACCAGGAAUGAUGAUCUCUACGAAAAACAGCUCCGGGAUCUAGGCGCGGGGAAAUCUAGAUCUACGCGGCGUAGAAACUUAGAUCGAAUUAAUUACCAUAGAAGGAAUAGACAAAAGUUAUUUUUU